AACCUCUGGCAACCCUGCUGCCGCACAGCUGAUCGACACACCGGCUGCAAAUCAAUUUUCUAACAUUUGUUUAUUUACGCCGCCGCCUACUUGCUAGGCCUCAGGAAAGCGUACAACCAGGAUCGCGAUCGGGACUUGCUACAGGUCCGGAGCCAGAUACCCACACCAACGCACAUUCCGCCCCUUUGCGCAACGGGCUGAAGCGGCGGGCGUGGCAGUGCCCGGUAAGCUGCAACGUACGUGGCAAUGCAACUGAAAUCGCGCUUGGAGGAACAUUGAGCCAUAGAGCGCGUAGCACUACUAGUACUAGCCCUCGAGCCGGGACUAUAGCCCCCGCCACCUUCCAAAGCAUUCCGCAUCCAACCACCAAUCCUGCACCAAGAUGACGGCCACGUUGCGUUACCGCGGCGACAAAAGCAAUCUCCUGGAGUUCGCCAAGAACUUGGACGCGUUCAAGAAGGUGCCCGAGAAGUACACGGAGACCACGGAAAUCGGAGGCACCCUAUCCCUGUUGAGCCGCCUGUUGAUCGUCUACCUGGUGUACACGGAGCUGCAUUACUACUGGCACGAGACGGACAUCGUGUACCAGUUCGAGCCGGACAUCGCCCUCGACGAGCAGGUGCAGAUGCACGUCGACAUCACGGUGGCCAUGCCCUGCGCCUCGCUCUCCGGCGUGGAUCUCAUGGACGAGACGCAGCAGGACGUGUUCGCCUAUGGGACUCUGCAGCGGGAGGGCGUCUGGUGGAAGAUGACCGAACACGACCGGCUGCAGUUCGAGGCCAUCCAGAUGCAGAACCACUACCUGCGCGAGCAGUUCCACUCGGUGGCCGAUGUGCUGUUCAAGGACAUAAUGCGGGAUCCCCAUCCGGUGCGGGAGAGUGCCUCGCAGAUGCCUGCUGCCCCGCCACCAGGAGCCUUGCCCUUAGCUGUGGACCUGCUUGGCCAGCACAACGCCCAGCCGGAGAGCAAAUUCGACGCGUGUCGCCUGCACGGAACGCUGGGCAUCAACAAAGUGGCCGGUGUGCUCCACCUCGUGGGCGGAGCUCAGCCCGUUGUGGGACUCUUCGAGGACCACUGGAUGAUCGAACUGCGGCGCAUGCCGGCGAACUUCACGCAUCGCAUUAACCGACUCAGCUUUGGACAGUACUCGGGGAGGAUUGUCCAGCCAUUGGAGGGCGACGAGAUUGUCAUCCACGAGGAGGCUACCACAGUGCAAUACUUCCUGAAGGUUGUGCCCACCGAGAUCCACCAGACCUUCACCACCAUCAACGCUUUUCAGUACGCCGUCACCGAAAACGUGCGAAAACUAGAUUCCGAGCGCAAUUCGUACGGCUCCCCUGGCAUUUACUUCAAGUACGACUGGUCGGCUCUGAAAAUUAUGGUGGACAACGAUCGCGAUCACCUAGUAACCUUCGCCAUCCGCCUGUGCUCAAUUAUAUCCGGAAUCAUUGUCAUCUCGGGGGCGAUCAACGCCCUUCUUCUGGGCAUCCAACGCCGCCUGCUGCGCACCUUCGCUCCGGUUCUGUACAACCGAUUGGGCAGCGGGAAGGCUGCUGCUUCGGAGGCUGCUGCUCCGUCGUCACUCUCCACGAAGGUCGGCACCGCGCCGCCCGUCAACGAGCUUCUGCACACAGCCAACCUGAUGGCCAGCGUGGACAUCUCGGCCUAUUUGCCCACGACGUCGCCAAAGCUCAAAGCCGCUCUUUAGCCGGUCUUCAGCUGUUCUAUGCGACCGCGAAUCUCAGUCUGCAAAGCACUAACCGAAACUUUCUACGCAAAUGUUGUAUUGUCUCAUUAAGAAAACAUUACGAAAACAAAAAAAAAAGCACACACUAAUAUGGCAA